AUGAACUUCGGUGCCGGUCAGACGGGUAUCGACAUACAUCUCCAUUUAGACGGAGCCGUGCGACCACGGACUUUGUUCGAAUUGGCCCAAAGACGAAACAUACCCAUUCCUUAUUCCACGCCAGAGGAACUGGAGCGGGCCAUUCUACCAACUAAGCCGUACACACUAGCUAAUUUUUUGAAGGGUUUCUACUUUCUAUUGCCUAUUCUCGCUGGUGACAAGGCAUUUUUGGCCUUCUGUUCCCGCGAGUUUCGGGAAACGAGCUUUGAACAGUCAAAAAUUGAUGCGCAUGAACAAACGGACUUAUUUUUUACUGCAUUUUUACCAUUCUUCGUGGCACUACAAAGGACCCACUGGAGACAAGUGAUGGUAGUUGAACAGUUUGAAAAACUCUCGACAGAUACUCCCCUUUCCGCCAACAUUUGGUUUUGA